UUUGCGGCAUUGCGUGAGGUAGGUAGUCAAAGAAAAGAAAAAUAAAAAAUAAUUAGGAAAAGAAAUGGCAGUUACUGGAGAGAACGAAAAUUGUUCAAGAAAAAUUAAUGGAAAUAUACCUGCAUUAUCCCUCAAUAGUGAUAAUAUGUCGACCUCUACCGAUAGCGACGACGUAGCUGACCCAACAUAUGAAAUAAGGAAUAUUCAAAGUAUAAUAAACGUGACUCGUGAAAACAUUGACGCUCUGAAUGCAAAAUUCGCUGGUUUCCAGCACCCUCCUUCGUUGUAUUUGUCUGAAUAUCAGGAGUUAACGUCUAAGUUGCAUAAUUUAGAACAAAGAGAGCGAACCUUGCGCGAGCUGUUGCAGUCAGAAUCGCCGGACAGAAGUGAAGAGUGUUCCUUGCAAGAAGACUCGAAGAAGUAUGAUACUCUCACCCGGCAACCGAAGGUGUUCUUGCGGGCGCACCUUCCAAACCAGCAGCGCACAAGCGUGCAAGUUAAGGAAGGGGUGACUUUACGUGAUGCGCUUUCAAAGGCGCUUAAGUUGAGGAAUUUGACUUGUGAAAUGUGUGAAGUGGUUCGGACAGGCAAUAAUCAUGUGAUACCGUGGGAUGUGGACAUCACCAUGAUCGACGCCGAGGAGGUGACAGUGAGAACACUAGACAAGCUGCCGAUAAUGUCUCAUAUAUCACAUCAAUUCACCCGCAAGACAUUCUUCACGCUGGCCUUCUGCGAGUGCUGUCGGAGGCUGCUGUUCAACGGUUUCUACUGUUCGCAGUGCAACUUCAAGUUUCAUCAGCGCUGUGCUGAUAAAGUACCAAGUAUUUGCCAUCAGGUCCGAAUGACAGACACAUACUACGCGGCGCUCCUGGCACAGAAUCCGGAGACACAAGCGGGCAUCCUACACUUCCCCCCACAUUUCGGCUAUCAUCAUAUGAUCAACAGGGGUGAUCAGAAUAAGCAGCAGCAUCCGAGGUCUCUGAAUCAGCAGGACCGCUCCAACUCAGCUCCUAAUGUCUGCAUCAACAUGGUGCAGAGACCCAUGACACUGGCUGAGCACCAGAGGAAAUAUAACAAUCAGAGCACCAACUCACCGCAGUCGUCCAACUAUCUUACAUGCAAAAACGCGACAGCGGCCGCUGACGACAAGGAGCAGCACAGUCAAAGCACUCAGGCCUCACCCACGGGGACCCUGAGGCCGCGGAGGCCCAGGGCGAGGUCGGCGGACGAGUCUUGGAAGAACGCCCUGUCACCCAGGGAGAGUUAUGACGAUUGGGUCAUACAUGCCGAUGAAAUACUCAUUGGGGCUAGGAUAGGUUCUGGAAGUUUCGGGACAGUAUACAAAGCGCAUUGGCACGGCCCCGUCGCGGUCAAGACGCUGAACGUUAAAACGCCGACUCCUGCGCAGUUGCAGGCUUUCAAAAAUGAGGUGGCAGUUCUUCGCAAGACGAGGCAUUGCAACAUCCUGCUGUUCAUGGGCUGCGUGUCGAAACCGUCGCUGGCCAUCGUGACGCAGUGGUGCGAAGGCUCCUCGCUCUACCAGCAUCUUCACGUGUUAGAGACUCCGUUCCCGAUGCUGUACCUCAUCGACGUGGCGAGGCAGACGGCACAGGGCAUGGACUAUCUGCACGCGAAGAAUAUCAUACACAGGGACCUCAAAUCGAACAACAUAUUUCUGCGUGACGACUGGUCCGUCAAGAUCGGUGACUUCGGCCUGGCGACUGCGAAGGUUCGGUGGUCAGAGACGAGCUCGCUGGGCGGCGUGCAGUGGCAGCAGCCCACCGGCUCCAUCCUGUGGAUGGCGCCCGAGGUGGUGCGCAUGGACGAGCCGGCGCCCUACACGUUCCGCUCGGACGUGUACGCGUACGGCAUCGUGCUGUACGAGCUGAUGGCCGGCGAGCUGCCCUACGCGCAUCUCAACAACAAGGAUCAGAUCCUGUGGUCUGUGGGUCGAGGUUUCCUCCGGCCUGACGCCAGAAGGCUGCGGGCGGACGCGCCGCAAGCCCUGAAGAGGCUCUUCGAAGACUGCAUCAAGUUUGUCCGGGAGCAGAGGCCGCUGUUCAGGCAGAUACUGGCCUCACUCGAGUGCAUGCUCCGUGCAAUGCCGAAGAUCACCAGAAGCGCUUCGGAGCCAAAUCUAAACAGGCAACUCCACGCGUCGGACGACUAUCUCAGUUACAGUUGCGCGUCGCCGAAAACACCAGUGAAUUUCCAGUUCAACACCGACACUAGUUUCCCGGCUUUCUAUGGAAUUCCAGUUCCGAACCAACGCCAUCCCUAGGGUUUACUGUAGGGCUACGACUAGCCCGCUAACCCUACAAAUAUAGACACGGUCUAUUGCCAACUUCUCUUUUGGCUUUGCAUUCCUUUUUCAAAUAAUAAACGGCCAGUCCUAAAUUGUAUUUCAUUAUUGGCUGUUAUUUGGAAGAUUUGACAUUGACGUUUUGAUAAGCUGUCAAAAUUUAUCAAUUUUGCCGCCAAAUUGGGCCAGUUGAAUUUGAGGUCGAUUUAUUUGAAAACAAAUCAGAAUUAUGAAAUGUUUGUGCUAUAUUAAAGAUAACUUAUAGCAAUAUUCGACUCCCAUUAACUUUUAAUUCCACAAAGAGGGCUUAGCCAAUGGAGAAUGUUAACUAAUUUUGAUUAUUAGCACUCCAUAUUCUCUGAUAAAAAUAAAAAAUACUAGAGAAAGAAUUACGUCAAUACGCAAAUUAGUUCCCGAUUUAGAAGUUAAAGAAGUUGUAACCGCCCGACGCGGGCUGCUGGUGACGGUGUGACGUCAUCGUACAACACAUUCAAUCUGGCUCGUACGCUUGCGGUCGCGCGCCUAUCCCUCGAAAUUAUACCUGAAUACUUUUUAAAAUGUCCAAUCCAAACACUAGGAAGUGUUGUGCCUAAUUGUGAAAAAAGGGCAACUACUAAUUCGCCGGAAAAGUUGUUUUUAUAGUUCAAAAGGUCGUUAAAAUACGAAAGAAAGGGGUAAAAGCUAUGAAGAGGCUCAUUUGGAGAUAAGAGAGAUCAUUUACAUUUAUUUAUUACCUAUAAACAAAAUCAUGUCAGAAGUGCAAAACCUUUAGUGUCAAAACUUUCCGUUAUGUUUUUACAUAGUAGGUAAUACAUAAUAUAAGAACUCGAGAACAAUGAAACUUCAGAACCUUUUCAUUGCAUUCUAAACUGCAAUGAUAAGGUGUGGUUCGUAUACGGUGUUCUGGUGUGAUUCAAUAUUUAACGGUACAUACAUCACCUACUUUUUUUACUUGAACAUAACCAAUAGCAUCAUCGCCAUAGCUGUAUCUUGCCGAUAUGAAAUAUGUUAAACUUACCCAUUAGUAGUUCAAUCCACUGCAACUACACAUGGGUAAGUUUAACAGAUUUAUUUAUUUAGGCAUUUAUUUUAUUUUACCAUGUUCGGUAGAUCAUCAGCUUUUACAAUGUUGCCAGGUAUUUGAUUUACAAUUGAUAAACUAUUACGCAUCUAAGUAGUAGCGAGAAAAGUUUAAUUUGCAUUUUUUAUCCUCUCAUUUCGGCGGCAACGAAAUCACUAUUUGUUGAUAAAUGGUGUGCAAACAUUAAUUCAUCUAUUUUAGGUAGAUUAUCCGAUUGUGUUUUUUCAAAUCCUUCAUCCUUUUUAUUAAUCGAAUAAUAUUCAUUUACUAUUAUUAAGACUUCGUUAUACGCCGACGAAAACACAACCAAAUUAACUACAGCGCAAGCUAUAUUAUCUAUUAUAAUCGCCGGCGACUUGAUGCUAAGCGACUGCAAGGCGCGGCGUGUUGUGAAAUGACGUCACAAGCGGUCACGUGGCUGUUAGCAGGACUCGAUAUUUUUCGGAACUUUGAAUGCAUAUAAAAUUACCAACUAUUAAGUAUUUUUGACUACAACAGAAACUAGUGUAUAUGUAUACUUACAGACUUUACAAAAUUCUUAACGUUCUCCAUUGACAAGAAAAUGGGAUAUUUGUUUAUAUACCAGUAUUUCAAUAUCGAAGGAAAUUCUAUCAGUUCCUAAAAAAAAAACAUGCAAGAAUGUCAAAUGUUUUACUAGACGUACCCGCGUGUAUAUACGCGACUUUGAAAAGACGAAAAUACAGGAAUUACCUCUAAAUUUUAGAGCUAAUCUAAUAAUAAAUUAAUUGGCAUUUAUUCCAUGCCAAAA